AUGAAGUUUACUCUUGGGGCUGCUGGUGCGGAGACUGUCUCUUGUCUGCACCCCCGACAGCUGCAGCCAUCUCUCUUCAUCCUACACCCGGCUUCAGUGCCCAACAUGGACCACGGACAGGGAGGAGCUGGGGGUCCGGAUCAGGGACAUCUCACACAGACGGCAUCAGUGCAAAGAGGGGGAGGUAGGAGAAGAGGUUUGUGA